CACUAGUCCCAGGUUUCGAGUCUUCUCUCAUCCACUCUUCUCUGCUUUCCGGUCUCCGCUCCCGCACCAAAACUCACUCGAACAGGCAAUCUCCCCCUCCACCUCCUCCUCCGCCCCCCUCCCGCAAUCUCCGCCGAGCUCCCACCUCCGCCGCGUCAAUGAAGCCGCCGCAGUGGACCGAGCUGCAGCGGUUCAACCCGGGGGAUCUCGUCGAGGUGGUCCCCGACGAGCCCGGCGAGCAAGGGGCCCACUACGCAGCCGUCGUCGUGGAGCGCAGCACCCAGCCCCGCGGCUACACCGUCGAGUACGACGACCUCGUCGAGCGCGAGGGCUCCGACCGCCCGCUCCGGGAGGUCGUGCCGGCGCAGAUCCUCCGCCCGCACCCGCCGCCACGCUGCACCUACUCGGGGGAGGCUCCCGGGGAGCACGCCGCCGUCGACGCGUUCCUCGACGUCGCCUGGUGGCUCGCGGUCUACCUCGGCGUCGUGGACGGGGGCGGGAAGGUCAGGGUGUGCUUCCCGGAUACGCGGGAGGUCAUGAACUUCGACGCCGCCGACGUCCGACCCCACUUCGAGUGGGGGUGGGGCGGCUCUUUUAGGAAGCGCUCCGCCUUGGGCAUGGAGAUGACCGUGGCAGUGCCGUACACGAAAGGAAUGACAAUUGAAGUUUCCAUGUUGGUAGAUAAUUCUGUUGUUGCUUGGUUGCCUGCAUUUGUUGUGAAGACUUUCUGGAAGAGCAACCUCUUAGUGGAUUACACUGUUUCGAAUAGUGAUGGUACUGCAUUGCCUGGGGAGAUUGUUGAUGUGAAGCACGUCAGGCCAUGCCUACCACAGGCAUCAGCUAUUAGUUUCUGCAUCAAUGAUAAGGUUGAAGCAUUCCAAGGCGGUGGCUGGUGGCUAGGGGUGAUCACUGAUGUUCAUCCAGAAUUAAAAUACACAUUUAAGUCAGCACAUUUAGGGGUGGAAGUUCAGUUGAGCCAAAAAUUACUGAGGCCUAGAUAUGACUGGGUUUAUGGUCCACGGAAACAAGAAUCAGAGAAUGUCAGCAGCAAUGAUGAAAAGUUUGGUGGAGCUUGGUUUGAGGUUGCACGCAGCAAGGGUACUGCUUCUCCUAGCAAAAAACAACAACCAAAUAAUCCCUCUUGGAAGAGCACUACUCCCAAAUCCAGCCCUCCUCCCAGAGCUGCUCCAAUAAAGAAGAGGAAACGUCGAGCUGAUGGUCAUGGACGACCGGACCUUGCGCCAAGCCUGGUGAAGAAACACAGGUCUCCCAAACUCAGGCCAUCUGAAGAAAACAAACUCUGCAAGUCGUCUUCCAAGGGGAUAUAUCCAGACCUCCAUGAAAAGCAUCUGCUCAGAGAUGCCCCUCGUCCAGAUGAGCAGGCGAAACCUGCUCCACAACCUGAGCCCACUCCUGCACCUGCUCAAAGGAGGAAAACCAUUCUGAAUCUGUCUGUUCCAAUGAUUCAGCCUGCUGCUGUACCAGACGCCACCAUCUCACCCCAUACUCGGGCAUCCGAUGUUCAGAAUAAUGAGGCAGUACAGAAUACUGUUCCUGAGGUAGGGACGUGCACCAAGUCCCCAGCCAAAUCCCUGCCCACUCCUGCACCUGCUCAAAGGAGGAAAACCAUUCUGAAUCUGUCUCUUCCAAUGAUUCAGCCUGCAGCUGUACCAGAUGCCACCGUCUCACUCCAUACUCGGGCAUCCGAUGUUCAGAAUAAUGAGGCAGUACAGAAUACUGUUCCUGAGGUAGGGACGUGCACCAAGUCCCCAGCCAAAUCCCUGCCCACUCCCUUGGAUAACAUAAUCAAAGAGCUGAAAGAUUGCCGAGAGCAAUGGCUUCAAGCCCAGUCACAACUAGAUCAUUCAGCGACUAAGGCCAAGGAAAUGGAGGGACAGGUGGCCAAACUCCGAGCAGCCCAUGAAGCUGAUGCACAGCACCUUCGGGAGGUGAUGAACAAGCAGGCAAGCCUUGAACAAAGACUCAAGCUGAAGGACAAGGAGAUUGAAGACCUGAAAGAGAAGCUCGUUGAUUUGGAUGAGCAGAAGUCCUGCGUUGAAGCUGAGCUUCCCCGGGGCGCUGUGAUGGCCGCUUCCCAUGCUCUUGGAGUGCUGAAAAAUCAUGUCCCUGAUCUAGAUAUUGGGAUCUUAAGCAAGGGGUAUGCAUGCACGCCUGCAGAGGCCCAAGCUCUGGCCGAUCAAGUUCGUCCAAUAGUUGAACCCUUCAUCGAGCGUCUUGGGCUGUCGGUGAGUGUUGUGGACGCCUUUGUUGGGCGUACCUAUAUGUGUAGGGCCAAGGAGGGGUAGGCAUCAGCAAGUUGGGUGUUAGUUUCGUCAGAAGAUCAGCAAGAGGUUAGGAUAGUUGGAAGGCAAUCUUAUCAGGUCAGGUUUGUUAGGGAUUUGUUAGUAGCCGGCGUUAUAUAAGCCGGGGAAGUCCUGGAGUCUGUAAGAACUAAGAAGGAAUUUAUCACUAAGUUGAGAGAGCCUCUUCGGAGGGAGAACAGGGAGAUAUCCUUGUAAAUUUCAAUUAAUAAAGCUGAUCUCGUUAAGCCCGCA